AUGCCGUUCUUUUCUCGCGUCUUCCGGAGCAAAGACUCCACCGCGACGAAGAAGCAGGCUAAACCAGCUACCACCGCGAACACGGUCCCCGCGAAGCCAAAAUGGACCGACGCCUGGCAGCGGACAGAGGUCGCCCCCGAGGAAGUUCAAGACCUCAUUCGAGGCUGUGCACAGGAAUUGAAGGCGCGAGCUCUCGACACCCCAUUCCUGCUCCUCCCCUUCCGUCCCAGUUCCGACCCUAGUGCGGCCCGUACAUUCAUCCGAAAUUACUUCAAUCAGUCCUUUGAGCAGGGUGCCCCGGUCAGCGGAGAUGCCUUGAUGCAGGAGCUGCGGCUCAAUGAGCCGAUGGUUCUUUGCAGUGUUUUGAAAUGGUGUUGGAGCAGAUUGCCUGGCGGUGUCGUUACUUGGGAAGCUUAUGAGCUGUUUAAGGUUGGCGAACAAGAUUCGGAUUGGGCCCGCGAUGCUUUUGCGACUUUCAUUCCUAUCAGCGUCGACACUGAUGCUCGCGCCAAAAUUAUCUUCGAUUUCUUCGACCUUCUCGCAUCGAUCGCGGCGCAUGGCAAAUCAAAUGGUCUUGGUGGCCGCAAGCUGUCUCGUUACGCUGGAUGGUGGGCUUUUGAGCAUCAUGAUACUGGAAAAGGCUUUGAAGCCUCCUAUAAAAACUGGGCUGCUGCCGCCGAUGCAACAAGCCACUUGUUCUUUGCCUACUUACGCUCGCUUACCCCCGAAAUGCCUCGUGGUGUGACUGGUAUUUCUUCGCUACCUAUCUCCCUCCAAUCGCUCGUCGAGGCCACCGAAUACCCCCCAGAGACGCCGACACUCCUACAAGUGACAACCACUAAGGUUGUCAUGAUUGUUGAUACGGUUUCUCCCACACCUUUUUCUUUGUUGCGCCGCGCAAAGAACUUCGAAUACCGCGACGACCACUGGCACUUGCAGGAAUUUGCCAACUUCGAGGAUCCGAUCAAAGCUCUGACCGACGAGUGUCUACGUGUGUUGAGAUGUAUUUCAUCAACUAAUGAGUCGAGUGUUUCGAGCUCGAAGCAGUCAACCAGCUUGCGGGAUGCGUCAUGGUCUCGUUUUGAGGACAUUGGAUUUGGCGGUUCCAUUGAGUCGGACGAGGAUGAGGAGAAGCAGGCUCCGGCCCCAAAGGCUGAUCCUGCCGCUAGCAUUAAUACUGCGCCUCGGUCGCAGGGUGGUGAUCUGGGACGACCCACUACCCCAUCUUGGGCAGACUUUAUGUCGUCCGGCUUCUCGGAUGAUAGCCCACUGAAGGCCCCGGUUGGUCUCCUCUUGCCGCCAGACAAGGUCCUACCCCCGAUCGCGGCUACUCGUGGCCAGAGCUCUCAAUCGCACAGGCGCGCUUUGGCCCCCGAACCAGCCCUCGAGCCAGCUGAGCUGGCCAGCAUCACCACUUUGGAUUUAGAUGACUCGUUUUGGUGGGUCUGGAUCACCAGUCUGUCUGGUGAUGAGCCGUCUUCGCGUAAGGCAGUGUUUGGUCGCUGUGCCCUUCUUGAGACGGUCAUUCGGGAAACCAAAUGGCUGAUUCUCGAGGAGCAGAUCAAGGGUGCUGCCCCUGAACCGGAGGCAGGCGCACAAAUCGUUGAGAAGAAAAGUUUCUUCAGCUUCGGCAGUCGGAAGGGAAAUAAGCUCGGUCGCCGAAAGUCUUCCGCUAGGAAGGUGGACUCGGUGGAGGACUCCUACAAGCGGGCCAACAACCAAGCCCCACAGAGCAAGACUAGCAUUGGUCCUGAUCAGCACAAGCGAAUUCAGGCCGCGGCUGCAGCUCUACAGAAAAAGAACCGUGAGCAAGAGGCCGAGGCAAAGGAUGCCGGGCGUCAAUCGCGUUCUGACGCUUACUCGACCAAGACUAACUCAGUCCUGACUCUUCAGCCGGGCAUUGUGAACGAGGCUUCAUCGGCCAUGAAGUGGGCCAGCAACUACGAUAAGAACACUUUCCGUGCUGCCUAUCUUAACAACAGCCGCGCCGGAACCGGUACCGUGUCUGGGGAAGCUGAGGAGCAGAUCCCCGAGCAAAUGGAAGAUAAGCCCAAGACACCUUCAGCUCCUCUUCCACCCAGCACAUCGAAAUCUGGACCCCCGCCGCCUCCCAAGGAUACCGCUGCCGUGGCCACCCCGCUUCCACCCUCGCCUGAGCCUGCUAAGAAGUCUUUGGCUAAAGCCGUGACCUUUCCUGAGGAGAACAAGGAUAAUGACAAGGAUUCGCAGGCUGUUGUUGCUGAGCAGAGCGCCGAGUCUGAGACCCAGGCUGCCGCCGAUGAAAGCAAGAAGCUCAAGAAGAAGGCCGGUAACACUGGUGGCUUCAAGAGCAUGUUUGUUAGCAAGAAGAAGACUGACUUGCCCCCUGUGAAGGUCGGUGUCAGUGACACUAGCUCGGCCGUGGCAGCUGCUCGUGCCGCUCUCGAGGCCAAGGCCAAGGCUGCCCAGGAGGCCCCUGUCAAGGAGUCUCCCCCUAAAGCUGUCCUCAAGAAGAAGCCCGUUGCCGGUCAACAGUCUGCUGUGACAGAAGCCCCUGCUGCGGAGCCCAUUAAGCCCUCUACACCUCAGCAGCCCGAGCCCGUGGCUAAGCAGCAGGCUCAGGUUGUCGGCUCCGGUAGCCCGCCCCAGACCCGCCGCGCUAUUGAAUACGACGCUUUGUCCCGUGUCGACACCAACGAGCGCGAUGCAGCUGACCAGGAGUUCUCCAAAUUCGACCAGGGUCCUCUGGUUGAGCAGCCCGCAUUCCUUCCCGAGGAUGAUGAUCCCGUCACUCCCAACAAGGCAGCUGAUCCUGAACUUCCCCAGACCCCGACCAAUGGUCACGAGGAGAAGAUCGAGGCUGUCAGCCCCCUGAACGCAUCCGAGGACCGGUGGAAGCAGAUUCGCGAGAACGCUGCCCAGCGGACUGCUUUCCCGACUGAGGAGCCCGAUACUCGCACCAGCCAAUCGGAGCGCACAGACGAGGGAGACACCAGUGGUGAAGAGACCAUCGAAUCCCGUGUCGCCCGCAUCAAGGCCCGUGUCGCCGAACUCACCGGCGACAUGGAAGCCGCCCGAUAA